UCAGGAGGAUGCUAGAUCAGACUAUGUGCUAAUCAUCACAGUUGAAAAAGACUAUGAUAUUAGCCUUUACUACAUCAGUAACAUCAUGAACGGCUCGUCAGUUUAGCCGGCCAGUUCAUUCAGCCCACGUCUAAAUAAGUCAACAUGCACCUACUGUUCUGGCAUUUGUAUUCCAUCACGCUGUUAUAUGUUGUCAGCGAAGUCUCCGCCUGCCCGCCGUUUUGCAUUUGCAAAUGGAAAAGCGGCAAACGAAGCGCCGAAUGCGCUGACAAGGGCCUGACAGACAUACCGGACGACGUCGAUCCGGAAACCCAAGUUCUCGAUGUCUCCGGUAAUCGUCUCGGAAAACUGACCAAGGAAUUGUUCCAGAAAAAAUACUUACUCAACCUACAGAGACUGUAUUUGUCUAAGUGCCAGAUUAAAGCCAUACACAAAGAUACGUUUAAGGGCUUGACGAAUUUAGUUGAAAUGGACCUGUCUGGAAAUUACUUGGACAACGUACCCACGAUGGCCCUUAUGAAUUGCCUGUCUUUAAUGAAACUGACGCUGAGCUCCAAUCCGAUCGUCGCAGUGAAGAAGUUGGCUUUCAAUCAUUUGUCGUCUCUAAGCACGUUGGAGCUUAAUGGUUGCGAGAUCGGCGAUAUUGAGGAGAGUGCUUUUCAAGGUCUAGAAAACUUGGAGUGGCUCCACCUAGGCUCAAACCGGCUACGAACGAUCAAUGGCCCUCAAACCUUACCCAAAAGCCUCAAGGGCAUCGAACUGCAAAAAAAUCCCUGGACCUGCGACUGUCACAUCCGAGAGUUUCACGACUGGCUGGUCAAGUUUCACAUACCUCUAUCGACAGACCCUGCCUGUACUGAACCGCCACGACUGCAAAAUUUGUUGGUUAAAAACGUCGGUAAAGCGGACCUAGCAUGCCUUCCUGAUGUAUCUCCAACCACUUUUUACUUGGAAUUGGGAGAAGGAAAAAACGUCUCUUUGCUAUGCCAUAUUCAAGCAGUACCUGAAGCUACGGUAUCUUGGUGGUUUGAUGGUCAACUGUUACAGAAUAACACCAGCGUGGCACCAGGCGUGCAUCUGAUGUAUUUUGUUGAAGAAGGAACCGAAAACAAACGAAGCGAAUUAUUUAUUUACAACGCCAAUGCCGACGAUAAUGGCACCUACGUAUGCCAUGCCGAAAAUGCAGCUGGAAGCACGCAGUCAAAUUUCACCAUAAGAAUCAUACUGAAAGAAGAUCCCAUGGUAAUAAUAGUGUCGUUUUCCCUCGAGUACUUAUUGUUUGCAGUGGUCAGUGUAUCAGUGUUUGCGCUUGUAUUAAUUGUGAUAAUUGUGUUGUGCGUCGUUAAGUGUAAGAGAAGAAGGAAACGUCAGAUCAAGAGGGACCAAACGAAAGAAGUCGCACUGCAUUUACACAAUGACCAAAACGUUGGACACGGCGAAAAAACUUGGGCUGCUAAGUCGGUUUCUUCUUCGCCAUUGGAACCUCAACUGAAACAGAACAUAACUCCUACUACUCAAACCACAACGUGCACAACAGAAUCCGAGGAACUGGUUUUGUAUGGAAUCAGAGCCUGCAAUGAACAAUACAGCAAGAACAUGUCUCCUGUUAGAACUGCCAGUCGAAAUCAAUCAGUCAGUCCUUUAUCUCUAAGAAGGUAUCAGCUGGAGCAAAAUCCAGAUUUAAUAAAUGGAACUGAGAGUAUACGAUACCGCAGAGCAGGAGAUGGGGAGGACGUCAGAUCGAGAGGGGAAGAGCAGAUAGGGGACGUUGAAGCUCUAAGAAAUGGCGUUGAGUUCUACGGUGAUCAAGGAGGUGUUGGCAUAGGUAUAUGCCAGGCUGUAGAUACUCAGGGCUACCCCAUAGACUACGGUUUACCAAAAAUGCCCUGCAGAUCAACUUGCAGCGAGCCAUACUACAGAACGCUUCCCUGCAAUAGAAUGAAGAGGCAUUCGGCGGCCAACCCAUUGAAAAGGUACUCGAGGGAGAUAGAAUUCCUUUCCCGGAGUAUACUGCUGACGGUUAUCCAGUGCCGCGCCAAACACCAGGAGCUCGUCUACCGCCCGGUACUAGCACGCCACCUCCAUCGUUGCCAUGUUGUUCGGCAAAUUGGCCACCCCGUCUACAGAGCACACAACAAAUGGUACCGGGGGUCUCCAAAAAGUGCGCCAGUGCCCAAACGGACACCGAAGACGAGUGCGAAAGUAGUGUGAGUGGUAGUGUUAGUGCUCCCGACAAAUGUGAGCCGACAGUGAAUAACGUGCCGAAUGAAAAUGUCAACGAGGUACUAACUGAAAGUCCAGAUGAAGGAUACGAGGGAGAACCGUCUGCCGUGUAGUGUGAAAAUCUCGGAAAGGUGAAGUAAGUGUUUUUGUAAAAACCUACUUGAGAAACGACAAAUGUUUUAAGUGUAAGUAGGUAACCAACGUAUCAUACUAGAGAAAAUAGUCUAAGACCUAGCAACGUUUUUGAGAAAGUAUUUUAAGAAAGCUGGCUCUGAUAUAUCUUUUACUAUGCUCUCUGGAACAGCAUGCGGCCCAUCUGGCUGCCGAUACCCGUUGCGUUCACUACUGCGCAUCGGAAGAAGGUCCUAUAUUUUUUUUAUUUAGUCCGUUAAAUUCUAGUAUUGAAUAUAAAUCGAACAAGUCUCAAUAGCGCAGCGCGUACAGUUUCCGACUACGAACCGAGGAUUCAGAGUUCGAGACCGUAUCAGGGCAAGAACAUUUUUUAUUUAAUUUUCGUUUAUAUUCUGAUAGUAAUGUAUUAAACAUUUGUUUUUUUUUAAUCACCAGAAUUAUUUAAUACUUUACUACCAGAAUAUAAACAAAAAUAAAAUAAAAAAAUGUGUGCCCUGACCCGGAAUCGAACUCUGACUCCGCGCUUGAAAGGCGGAACCUCUACGCGCUGAGCUAUGGAGACUUCGUCGGUUUAUAUUCAAUACUAGACUCUAAAUAAUAGGCUAAUAAAAUAUAGGAUCUUCUUUCAAUGCGCAGUAGGGAACGCAAUGUUUACCGGCAGCCAGACGGGCCGCAUGCUCUUCCAGAGAGCAUAGUAAACGAUAUAUUAAAGAGCCAGCUUUCUUAAAAUACUUGUUUUCCAACGUUGCUAGCCCUCGUACUAAAAGGACUGAACUGACUUUGAGAUAUAUAGAUUUCUGUUUGUCUUGAAAUGAUGAAAUGAAUUUGUCUUGAUUCAAUUAUGGAUUGGACUAAUAGAUGUAAAAUAAUUUUCCUCUAAGCUACAAAGUUACUUUAAUUUUUCCUAGGGCUUAUGUCUUAAAGCUUUUGUUUAUUUUUUUUUUAUCCAACUUAUACUGGUUUCAAUCUAUCCAUAAGUUGAAUUAAUUUAUGAUGAUGAAUAUAAAUAUUAAUUAACAUCAAUCAUUUUUAAUCCUAUAUAUUUAAAAUGGCCUAUUUGGAAUGCCUAUAAAAAGACAAAGAUAAAAAAAUAAACAUUUAAGAAUAUUUUGUUAUACCAUGCUGGCAACUCUUACUUCUGGGUUGUUGGUAUUUACAUGUGUGGAAGUCAAUCGCUUAGGAAUCUUACUAAGACAGAGAGAAAUGCGACGGUGUGCUGUCGCGGCGUUGCCACAUUUCUCCGGUACGCCUUUCCUUAUCAAGUAAUGUAAAAUUACAAUCGCAAACCGUUUAUUUUUAAAAGACUUUUUUUCGUAAAGAUUACUAGAUUUUCAUUAGAUAUGUUUCUGAGCAUCUGAAAUAGAAUUAUAAGGAUGUCGUUAGGUGUCCAUGUUUUAUAACGAGAAAACGUCAAUAAUCGCGAUCAUUUAAAAACCAACUUUUUAAUACAUAACGCGCGAUAACUCAAGAACUAUUUUAGAUAUUGAAACUUUUAUUUUGAAGUUUAUUUGGAUCUUUUACAAGAUGUUUAAACAAG